CGGAGGUUAAUUGUAAGAUUGUGUUGCACGACCUCAGGUUGACUCUACACCGACGGUUCAACCGCCGGUUCGGUCAACCUGUAGUCCAAGUAGCGAUUGGCUAGUCAACCGCCAGUUCGAAUUUCAAUUUAUAGGUUAUGAUUUUUUCCCGAGUACAUCGCGUGUAUUUUAUUGAGUUUCAUCUUUCAUAUUUUGUUGAUAAUUGGAAUUAAGUUUCUGUUUAUUAUGGAUGCAUCAUCAGAUUCUGAUCAAUAUGAAGUUAUGAAUAGUAGUAGCAGCUCUAGCUCUACAGAUUCAGAUGAAGAAUUACUUUUAGAGCUAAAUCGUAGAGUCAGGCGCGAACGUACAUUUCGAGAAAGACCAGAUAAUUUUACAAAGUGGUCUGACCAGGAAUUUACGAUGAGAUUUCGUUUGCAAAAGGAAUCUGUUCUUUUUUUAUUAGAAUUAAUCGAGGGCCAGUUGGCAACUAUAAGUAAUAGGAAUAAGGCGAUUACACCUAUGAACCAGCUGUUAUUAACAUUACGCCUGUAUGCUACAGGGAAUAUGCUCAUAGCUGUUGGAGAUUUUAGUGGGGUCCACAAAUCCACGGCUUGCCGGAUUGUAAAAAAAGUUACAGCUGCUAUUUGUACUUUAUCUGAAAACUACAUUCGUAUGCCUAAUACUGAAGAGGAAAUAAGAAAUCAUCAAUUGGCAUUUUACAACAUUGCCAGAUUUCCUCGUACAAUAGGAGCCAUCGAUUGCACCCAUGUCCGCAUACAAUCCCCAGGAGGCCACAAUGCAGAGUACUUUCGUAAUCGAAAGGGAUACUUUUCUUUAAUUGUACAAGUUGUUGGGGAUGCAUCUCUUCGAGUGCUGGAUAUAGUAGUGAGAUGGCCUGGAUCUACACAUGACCAAACCAUAUUCAACAACUCUAGGAUUCAUGCCCGCUUAGAGAAUGGUGAAUUCAAUAACAGCAUAAUCUUAGGAGAUUCUGGUUAUGCCAUACAGAAGUAUUUAAUAACACCAUUACUGCAUCCAAAUAAUGAUGCUGAACAAUUAUUUAACGAGGCCCAGAUCCGUACAAGAAAUCCAAUUGAAAGGCUAUUUGGAGUGUUGAAACGUCGUUUUCCCAUACUAAGCAUAGGGAUACGUAUCAAGCUACAAACAGCACAACAAAUUAUUAUUGCAUGUGCCACUUUACAUAACCUAGCAAGAGCUAGAAAUGAAGGGGAACCAUUGGUUGAUCCUGAUGUUAUUGUACCAGUGAUUGAUGAUCAACCACAGAACCAUGUGGAAGCAGAAAACCGUAACUUUUAUAGACAACCAUUUAUUAACUAUUUUUCUACAUUAUAAAACUUAAUAUUACAUUAAAUUAAAGAGUAAAGUUUUUAUACAAUGCUAUUUGU